GGCGGGCCGGAGUGGAGCGGAAGGUCGAGGGAAGUUCAGUGGGGAGCUGGCUGCCGGAGGUCGGACCGGCGGCUGCGGGAAGGAGCUCAGGCCCCGGCUCCGGGCUACCCUCUCAAGACAAUAUAAAAUCGCUCUCCCCAGGUUGACAAGAAAUAAACCAUGAAUGUGGGCACUGCUCACAGUGAAGUGAACCCAAAUACCCGGGUUAUGAAUAGCCGCGGGAUUUGGCUGUCUUAUAUCCUGGGAAUAGGUUUGCUUCAUAUCAUUCUGUUGAGCAUUCCUUUCUUCAGUGUGCCAGUGGUAUGGACACUCACUAAUGUUAUUCACAAUAUGGGAAUGUACAUAUUCCUGCACACUGUAAAGGGAACGCCAUUUGAAACUCCAGAUCAAGGAAAGGCACGGCUGCUGACACACUGGGAACAGAUGGAUUACGGAGUACAGUUUACAGCCUCGCGCAAAUUCCUCACAAUCACACCUAUUAUCUUGUAUUUUCUUACCAGUUUUUACACAAAAUACGACAAGUUACAUUUUGUCAUAAAUACAGUUUCGCUGAUGAGCGUCCUCAUCCCAAAGCUGCCUCAACUUCACGGAGUCAGAAUCUUUGGCAUCAACAAAUACUGAAUGCAGCGCAGUGACACGUGUGAAAGAAAACACUUCUAGAACAGCCAUCAGCAGCAAGGACACAUCGUGUUCAGAUAUUAGGAUUCGUCCCUGCACCCCAUAAUCUCUUAUCAUGGACUUUUUAUUACGAAUAGUAUAUCUGUGAAUGAAGCAGCUCGUGUUGGUUGCUCAGGUAUCUCAUUAAAUAUUUGCAGUGCUCGGAAUAGAAAGCCUGCUUUUUCGUUUAUUGCCUGGAGAUCCUAUUUUCACAAAUGAUAUUUUUGAUGCCUUGAUUUGCCAUUAUUAAGUGAGGAAAUUUUGGCACUGUAAACAUUUUAGUUGUUGCCGUGUGCAAACUUGCUGUCCACUGUGACCAAGCAGAUGUAAAAGUUUAAUGUGUAAAUACUGUAAUGAAAGUAGAUUUAUGAAGGUAUCCAUUUUGAAUGAUAAUUGCAGAAGAUUUGUUUUCAGUGUCACAAUAGAUGCACUUGCUGAAGAUUCAAAUAUCAUGCAUGCUCCAAAUUGGCAGGAUUGAUUAGGUAUCCUUCACUCUAUUGAGGUACUUGGAAAUUGGCUUAGUGGCCUCUUUGAAGAUACAGUGCUGGUCUUACUGUGCAUUUUAAUUACUAUCUUUUGCAGAUAAUUUUAUUUAUUUUGUUUUCUUUUUCUCAUUCAGUGUUGUUUGAGAGAAAAUUUACUUGGGAGAAUGUAAACAAUCAUAACGACGUGUUUUGAAUCACAGCUUAUGAAUGCUUGAUUUAAAAAGGUGUUUGUUUUUGGAUUUUUUUAAUGUAAAGUGUUAAAUAGUAUAGAUCCUGUGUGUUAAUGAGGGCAGUGACUGAGGCUGGAUACUUAAGUUAGUCUACCUAGGGCUUGUUUGUAUGGAAUCUUCGAAUGAUUAUUUUUUAACAUUCAAAAACAAAUUGGAAUAUUGCAAACAUCAGCAAACAUGCAUUUUCCUGUAAGUUUGCCAUGUUGCCUAACUUGCUUUCCUUUUGAAACAAAAUGUAAUGCUGGUUGUUGUAUCUGAACUGUUUUUCUGUCAGACUACAUUGUAAUUUGACUGGCUGAAGAGAUGUGUAUGAAUUUCACCUGGUUUUUACUGGAUGGCAGCAAUGUACCUGACUUUUAUAUUGUGAUAUACCUGUUGCACACUUGAAUUUCUCACUAGUACAGCUGGAAUUCCUUACAGAUUUGCUAGGACUACAAAAUGACAGCACUGUGAAUCAUGUUUUUAAGCAAUAACAUAUGAAGACGUCCCAUAGCAAGGGAAUUGAAGGCAUGCCUACAUGUUGAAGCCCUUACUGGUUUGGUGGGUUAAAUUGCUAAACUUUUGGCUUUUAGGAAUUGGGUUUUGGAACUGUGUGGAAGGAUAAAGCUGAAGUUAACAUUCUUAAUUUCAAUCCAGUUGCUAAGAAUGUAAAACUGCCUAAUUGGAGUGAUUUGGCAGAGCCCACCAAGACAGUGAACGUUGCUGAUCUUAGAAAUCCUACUGCAGUGAUGUAGUUGAGAUUAAGACACAUAGCUAUGAAUUCCCUAACCAUCUGAGUUAAGCUAUCCUGAUCCAGGAGUACCUGAUACUGAUGGUGCUGGUUGCUUUAGCGGAUGUGAAGUAUUACUUUUACCAAUGGUGAAUGUCUGAUCCAUGUAGAUUGGGAAGGAGGAAGAGGCCAGGAUUGUGCCCCACUUUUGAUUCCAGUCAGAUCAACUAACUGUAGCUGAGACAGUGGUAAGACCCUACUGUUGGUCUAUUUGCUUCUAGGUCCACAGAGGUGGAAAAUCAGCCUGUUUGCAAAAACCAUUGGGUAGCCAUCUCCAUCUGGAGAUGUACAUGUGUGGAUGUUGGGCAAGAAGGUAAUUGAACUCAGUUUCCCCAUGCUGCUGCAUCUCUCAAACAUUCACGCAUGAAUAACUAGGUUUAAAUAGCAAUUCAUAGAAGUAUUGAAUGGUCACAUAAGAAUAGUGGGCACCUGGAGAAGCUGACUGUUGAUGGUUUGAUGGAAUAUGGGAGUAGAACAUAUGUUAUGAGUAGGAAGUAAAUCCAUUUCCAUUCCCACCUUUCAUUCCCUGCUAAGGUGCAUGUGUAAUUAUGUUGCUACUUUUGAACAAGACUUCCAAAAUAUUGAAAAAUCCUGAUCUUUUAAAGAAAUCUGCCAUAUUUAUAACCUUUAAAAAUUAUGCUUGCAUUGGGAAAUGUGUCCUGAGGUAUUUUGUCAGCAAUAGUCUACCAGCAUAAUCGGAAUGCCCCAUUAUUGGCAGUAAUUAAAAGUUUACAGUGUUUUCUAAAUCUUGGAAUUUAAUCAUAAUUCUCUUUCUUGCACUAUUAUUCAGUUGUAGAAGAAAUGUUCAAAUUGCACUUUUUUAAAAUGUUUACAAGCCGAUGCUGAUCUCCUACAGUGAGAAGGAAACUGAGAAACCAAUUGGACUCUAGACUUUACUGUCUUCAAAUUAACUUCUCUCAAAUUUUUGAAACUAAAACACCUUACUUACCAAACAAGUUAACAACUGCAGCAGGUUAACCCUGUCACCCUCUUGAUCCUGCUUAAGCACAGAUUGAAUACAAUCCUCGGCUUUUUAUUUUGACUAUUAAUGAAAUCUGUCAUUUGCAUGACUUAGUUUGUGUCAAGUUAUUUCAAAUUCUGUGAAAGGAUAUGCAAGUGAAAAGGUUAGCCUACAGUAUUCAGGAUUUGUUAAACAUUUUAAAAUAUUGCUUUGUUGAUCUGACGCCUUGUAUAAGAUGAUUAACACCUUGAAUUUUUGAAUUCUGGUAAAUAAGUACAUGGCUUUUUUUAAUAGCAUUUUGAUGGGUUCUGGAUUGUCAAAAGUAACUAAACUUAGUGGUGAAAAACAGUAUGGUCUUUCAUUUUACCUACAACUCCCUUCCACUUUCAGUAUGUAUCAUAAAUAUUAAUGGGUUAUGGGUUAGUACUAAUUAAGUGCCAGUGCUACCCUUACCCCAAAAAUAAAGUAGCAAAUGUGGGAAUUGAUGUUGUAUUUUAAAACAAUUCAGGGUCAAAUUCCUGCACUAUUUUUAUAGUGGCUGUAAAAGGUACGAAUACCAAAACUAUUUUGGUUGAAUCUAAAUUAAAUAUGUGGCAGGCUGGGCCUUUUGAAUUUUAUACCAGUCAAUUAAUUGUGAUAUUAACCAUUGAAGAAUUAUUUGCUUUGGGACUAGUGAUUUUCUGUUUGAGCAUCCUGUAAAUAAGAGCUAAUUAAACAUCUGGUGGCAAAAGGGUUUUGUAUCCCAGUUGCCCUUCUGCACAUAGAUGUUUUUUCAUCUAGAUCUUUGUAAGAAAGUGUGAAUAAUAUUUUUAUUACUCCUUUGUACAGUAUUCUGAUAUUUAAUAAAGGACAGUAUUCAUGUAA